UUGCAAUCCAAGAGCACUUCCUCUCACACAGGGAAUUUGCUAGUUUAGAGGUUUUGGUUUCACUUUUAUAAAUUUCGCUAUUGAAUUUUGUACUCAUGGACGAUAAUGCAAGAGGAGUGGCCUCUAAAAUACUCUGCGACUUGCUUAAUAUUCCAAAAGGUGGAAGUACGGUCGCUACUGAUGCAGAUAAUCAAGUAAGUAAUGGUUUAGAAAGACAAGAAACCGGAGAAAGAGAUGCUGAUGAUUCUAUAAGUGAAACAGCAUCGACAGCAAGUUCACUUUCACCUUUAAGAAGGGGAAAGGGACAAAUAUCUGAUGUGUCUACUUCAGAUAGUGAAGGAGUUGCUUCAAGAAUGUCUCUUGAACCAGUAAAACAAGUCAUACACAUGACAGGCAAUGAUAACGAAGGUAGUCAGUCGGUAUAUGGAAGUGAUGUUGAAAUUGUAACCAGUGGUUCAGCCACUAUAACAAGUGUUACGGCUAGUAACAAGAUUAAGUUUAAUUCAAUGGUGAAUUAUGACUGGGAGCUGAGGUAUUAUAGGGGAUGUCUGAUAGCUGUCAGCAGCAAGUGUAUUGCUUAUGCUCUAAGAGGUCGUCAAGGUUAUGUUGUAAGGCUCCUUAACCCUGAGACAGCAUCUAGGACUCUAAUCAAAGGAUUUGUUGGUAUGAUCAGUGAGCUGGCUUUUUCCCACAAAGACUCCAAUACCUUGGCAUGCGUUGAUGAGGGCGGAAAUGUUUAUAUCUGGGUCAUCCAUGAAGAAAAUGGCAAACUAGAAUACUCUGUAAAACUUCACAUUAAACGUCCAGCGAGCACACUCUCAGAGCAUCACCGACUGAUAUGGACUCCUUACAUGCCUGAUGCUGAGGAGCAAGAAGGGAGUGAAGAAUCCAUUGGAGAGGAAGGCCGUCCACUGGCCAUCACACAUGGAAAUCAGGUGGAGGUAAUAGAUAUCGAUGCUUUGGCUGAAUCAUGUGGAAGAGCAGAAGUGUCGUUUGACGAAGUACAACAAAGAGAAGGAUAUCUAGAAAUCCGAGAUGGGCACUCAAAGCCAAUAUCAGAGGGAGCUCUUUCACCAGAUGGCUCAGUACUAGCAACAGCCAGUGAGGAUGGUUACAUUAAGUUUUGGCAGCUGUCUGACAAAGUAGAGUGUAUGCAUGAAUUCCAGCCUCAUGGUGGACAACCUUUGUCCUGCAUGAUUUUUACCGACAAUCAAACCUCACAAGAUAAAGAUCUUCCAAUGUGGCGAUUUUUAAUUACAGGGGCCGAGUUUAACAGAGAGAUUAAAGUUUGGUGCACAGUUACAUGGACAUGUUUGCAAACAAUCAGAUUUACAUCUCAAGAUGUGCCAACUUCUGGUCCUAUCCAUCGUUCAUUCCUGAAAGUGAGCUUGGACCUCUCAGCAUCGUAUUUGGUUAUUUCAGAUGUUCUCAAAAAGGUUAUUUAUGUACUCAUGUUUCAUCAAGACUAUACCUAUGGUCAAGCACAUGUCACAUCAGUGGCAGAGUUCCUACUCACGCAGCCGCUACUUAGUUUUGUUGUUGGCCAAGUUAAAAUGUUCAAACUAAAGUCACAUGAAGAGCAAAAUGGACAGGAAAAUGGAGAAAGCCAUGAUGAGGAUGAUAUUCAUUCAUCACAUGUGGGACUAGAAGAAUUAGCUGCUGGAGAUAAAAAGGGAAAGAAAUAUGGUGUUCAGUUACAGCUCUAUUGCAUUCAAACCAAAGCAAUGCAAGAGCUUCUGGUGCACUUUCAGCCUGAGCCAUCUGUCCCUCCGCCCACUCCAUCAACACUGUCCUCACUUGCAACUUUAGAAGGUCAAUCUGUGAAAAAAGGCAUGUCUGACUUAAGUGGAGUAGAAACAGGAACAGAAGCAAGCACAGAUGUUGAAGAGCCUGAUGAACAUACUGAUGGACCACUCCCAGUCAGAACAAAACUAAUAACACCAGAGGCUUUUUCGAACUCUGUAUCCAGAGGCUCACCCCGCCCUGAAGCUGUAAGCAGCAGUGGUGGAAGCAGUGUUACCAUGGUUUCUGGACUGAAUAACUCACAGGUGUCAGUUGACGAACUUCUGGGUUCAUCUGUGUCAUCAAGACUGUCUGACAAUACUGUCAGGUCGAGUAAUUCGGCCACACCUCAAGGGUCUUUCACUCAUGAUAGCGGUCUUUUAACACCAACAUCCCUACCCCUUCCUGGAUCACCAACAGUAACCCAGGCACCUGAUCCUCUUGCAAUUCCUAUUCCAAAUUUCCAGUCUAGUCCUCACCCAGGAUCAGUUCAAAAUAAGUCAAGUCCAACAUCUUCAAGUUAUGAGCCUUUAGUGCCUGUUACGAACAGUGAGACUCAAUCUGCUACUUAUGGUUUGAUGAAUACAAGUGUUGAGAAUGGUUCAAGUGGCUCAAAGAACACAUCUCCAAAUGAAAGGGGUAGAUCAGGCAGUCCUGGCAGUGUAGAAAGAGAUAUUGAAGUAUCUGUUGAUGAUGAUAAUAAGGACGAAGGAGAAGAAGAGUUGCCAGAAUCUCAAAAACCUGAGGCGGAAACACAAGAGGAAGUAAUUGAGCGAGAUCGAAAAUCCAGCUCAGGAUCCAGUACAAGUGAAAGUUUGAGACCAUUAUCUGCUCAUGCAGUAGGAAAUCUUAUUAAUUUAGAAGAUGUUGACAAGGGUAAAGAUGAUAUCGUCCAAGCAGAUGGGGAAGAUAUGUUUACAGAGGAAAAUCUGUUAGAACAGUGGGACAUGAAUGUUGAUGAUGAAGUAGUUCCAACUGGACGGGAAAGUCCUGAGUCAGCACAUGCACUUCCUGUUGGCACACCAGUAGAAUCCAGUGGAGCAAGAAAGAGACCUUCAUCACUAUCAAGAUUUGUUUCCACACCUGUAAGUACAACAGAUAUUCCCCCACAGCAAGUCCAAGUUGCAAUGGAUGGUAGUAUCUUGUCAUCACUUGGAGAACUCCUGAGUUUGGUCAAAUCACAGCAGCAGGAUAUAAGUGAACUACGUCAGCAGCUGAACAUGUAUCAGGCUGAUCAACAGCAGAAAAUAUCAGCCGUAGUACAUGAAGUGCAGAUGAUUGAUGAGAGAGUCUCCACCAGAUUGGGAAACGCACUGGCUGAAUUUUCCAGGGAGGCAUCUCAACGUCUAGAAAAAGCUCUGCGUGAGAGACACUCUGGAGACAAGAAGAGACAUGAACAGCUUCAGAGUACCCUGUCACAAACACUCACCACCACCCUGUCAGGAAAAUUGGACAAAGCUCUCAAGGCUGAAGUUAAGAGUGCAGUGGUUCCAUCUGUACAGAAAGUAUUGAGCUCUCUACAGGAGCAGCUUAACACUACAUUGGCACAGAAACUAACUGCUGCAGACAGUGUUUUGAAGGACAGUAUUGCUAAGAUGGUGAAAAGUAAGGGCGUAGUAGAUGCCAUUGGUGGGGCAGCAGCAAGUGCACUUCAGGGACCUAUCCAGGUGACUUACCGUGAGGCAUUCCAGAGCACCAUUUUGCCGUCAUUUGAGAGGGCUUGCCAUAACAUGUUCCAACAGAUAAAUGAUUCAUUUCAUAAAGGAACACAGCAAUACCUGCAUCAGGUUACAACUGCUCUGGAUAACCGUAGAAGAGAAGAGAAAGAAUCUUUUGAACCUGUAAUGCGACAGCUAGAAGCACAGACACAGUCAUUCCAGGCCAUGACAGAGAGACUGUCAUCAAACAUUAUGGCUGACUUUGAGGUCAUGUUACAAAAGCAAUUGUCGUCAUCCAUAGAAGGUUUGCGUGAAGAGAUUUUCUCACGGCUGUUGUCAGAGGUCUUAGCAUCAGUCCAGGAUUCAGUCCAAAAAGAAAUGGGAUUGGGCUUGGAAGGUCUGCGUCAACAGCUGAGUGAGAUGAUAGCAUCAUCAGCAGCAGAAAGCACUUCACAACAGGUCCCUGAUAUAGCUCGUACUCAGGUGGUAGUUUCCAACUUGCUGAAAUCUGGACAAGUGGGGCAGGCAUUCCAAGAGGCCCUGACAGCCGCAGAUCUAAAUGUUGUGAUGUAUGUUUGCGAAAAUGUUAAUCCUGAAGAGGUCUUCUCCCAGUCACCUUGUCCUUUAUCACAGCCAGUAUUACUGUCUCUAAUACAGCAACUGUCUGUGGAUCUCACCAUCAACACAGAGCUAAAGCAUAAAUACAUAGAAGAAUCUCUCAUGGCACUGGACGCACAUGAUGAGGUCACAAGAGAACACAUGCCAGGUGUUGUAGAGGGGUUAUGUCAGCAGCUUCAGUUGGCUAUCCAAGAAGCAUCAGGUCCCAUGCAACGUUCUCUAAAGAUGUUACAAAUGGCUGCAAGGUCACUCCUUAGAUAGCCAACAGUAAGCAGUACAAAAAGUGUAAAUGGUAGAGAAUCAAUGGAUAACAGCUGUACAGUUUGAGAGAAAGAUGGCAUCUGGCGACCCAUAAUGAAAUUGGUCUCAAGAAGUUGUGGCGGGAAAAUUCAGCAAAGACUUAAAAAAAUGUUGUGCUCAUAUUUCAUAAAGACUAGAUGCUGAAGCCAGAACUUAUAUUUACCAGGACUUGCCUUGUGUUAGUACGUUAAUGUUUAAAAUGCACGCUUCAAAGGGUCAAUCUAGGAGUAGAUAGAAAGGUGUGUUGUACUUUGUCUUGUUACUGUUUCACAAGUGAAAUGGCACUUGGGCACAUCUAAAAAAUGAUCCUGCAAUGGUCAACUUACUAAGUAACUCUUUCUAACCGAGUUCAUGGGCUGUACUGUAAGUUAUGGACCAAGUUUUUUCCCCAUCGAUCUAUGGCCCAAGUGUGAAGCACGCAAGCCAUAAAUUGAAGGGGAAAAACAAGGAUCCAUAACUUACAGUACAGAACAAAAAAACGAGGUUAAUGAGAUAUUUAUUAUAUCUCUACUGUCUGUCUGAUGGGUUCAGGAACAAUUUCUAUUCAUGUGGAACAGAUUCAAAUUUCUGAUGCACCACGAAAGCAAAACAAGUCACUUUGAAAUCAUUGUUAAGUGACUCUUAGUCAUUAACAGGUUUUAUUACACAAGUUCAGAAGUAAAAAGAAAGUUUUAAACUUUUACUUGCUAAAAAGGUUAAGAACACUGAUAUUUAACAAAACAUUUUGGCAACAAAAACAGCUUUGAAUUUUAGCGGGCCAUACAGUCAAAUACCCUGUGCUAAAUUGGCCAAUCACAGCAUGCAUACUAACUUAGAGAUAUAAUAAUAACAGUUGUAUUGAUAAGUUUAAUGAAAAAUGGCUAUCUAUCUUGUUUGACAUAGAUCUUCAUUCAAAACUAAAUCAGUGAUGCAUGAAUUGUAGGGUGGGAAGUACUAGGUUCUGUUUAUGUUAGUCACUUGUUAUUCACCAUUAAACAUGAAGUUCUGGUA